AUGGCCACCAGCACCGCCAAAGGGCCCCCCGUUGUUGUGCAUGACCAAACUAAUCUGCUGCCCCGCACACAGCUCCUGGUUGUAUUUGGUACUCUCGCCGUCGCGUUUCUUAUUGCUUAUGCAGAUCAGAACGGAGUGGGCGUGGCCUUACCCAUUAUCGCCCGGGAUCUGAAUGCGCGAGAUACAAUCAGUUGGGCGGGUACUUCCUCUAUGAUCGCGAAUACAGUGUUCCAGGUACUGUACGGACGCCUGUCUGAUAUAUUUGGCCGCAAAAAAGUGUAUCUGUCUGCGGUACUGCUGCUUGCCAUUGCGGACAUUCUCUGUGCAACUGCGCAGACUGCAUGGGCCUUCUACCUGUUUCGUGGCCUGGCAGGUGUUGCCACCGGUGGAAUCAACUCAUUGACAAUGAUGAUUGUAUCCGAUAUCGUUACUUUACAGGAACGUGGCCGAUACCAGGGCAUCUUGGGCAGUUGUAUCGGACUAGGCAAUACGAUUGGUCCGUUUCUGUCAUCUGCCUUUGCGCAACACGCUACUUGGCGCGGGUUUUUCUAUCUGAUCAGCCCUCUAAUGCUGCUCUGCACUGUGGGUUCAUUUUUCCUGCUGCCUUCCUCCAUGCCCAAAGGGAACGGCCUUGCGAGAGCGAAAUUGAUCGACAUUUGGGGCUUAGUAUCUGGAUCCAUCGCAAUCAUGUGUAUAUUGAUCCCCAUUUCUGGAGGUGGGUCCUACUUCACCUGGGACUCUACUUUCGUUAUCGCUAUGCUUGCCAUCGGUGGCGUGGCCGCGAUUGCAUUCAUCCUGGUGGAGUGGAAGGUUGCCAAGCUGCCAAUGGUACCUUUAUCCAUGUUUCGCACCCCUGCCGUGGCGGCCAUUUUGCUGCAGAAUCUCCUCUUCGGCUAUUGCUAUUACGCCGAGCUAUAUUUCCUACCCCUGUAUUUUGAGAACGUGCGCGGGGUGACUCCUCUGGUAUCUGCAGCUCUCCUCGUACCUUUGGUGAUCUCACAGAUGAUAUUCUCCGUUUGCUCCGGAUUCUACAUCUCGCAUUACUCGCGUUACGGGGAAGUGAUCUGGUUUGGUUUCAUCUGUUGGACAGUUGGAGCAAGUGUACUCUGCACCCUGAAGCAAGACACUUCUCUAGGAGUGAUCAUCGUGGCCCAAAUCAUCCUCGGUGUUGGCGUCGGCAAUGUAUUCCAACCCUGCCUAAUCGCCAUCCAAGCACAUUCACCGAAGGAUCUGCGCGCUGUGAUCAUCUCCAAUCGCAACUUCUUCCGUGCCCUUGGCGGUGCCAUCGGCUUGGCAUGUUCCAGUCUUGUACUCCAGACCUCCUUUGGCAAGGCACUCCCAGCUGAUCUUAGCUAUCUCAGUAAGAGCAGUUAUGUGCUGCCCUCGCUCAGUGACUUCUCUACAGCGGACCAGAAUGCUAUCCGGGCUGCGUAUGCCCAGGGCAGUCGCACUGUGUUUAUCUCCAUGGCGCCUAUAAUGGGCUUCUGUCUGGUCAUCUGUGUAUUCAUUCGAGACCAGGGGUUGCAGCGAAAGGAGGAGAUUGUGACCCCGCAGCCUAUACCGACUAUGGAAGAUACCACAUCUAGUGCGGAAAAGGGUGUCCUGAAGAAUUGA